AUGUCUGGAAACCAAAGCAACACAAGUGAGGACCAUUGUAUUCGCACCAUUGUUGGCAGCAAUAACUUGAUCUUCACUAUUGCUCCAGCUUAUUUCGUCAGCGUGCUUGGAUUCAUCAUUAAUGUGUUUGUGCUGAUGGUUUUCUGCCUCCACAAGAAGGCCUGCACUGUCACUGAGAUCUACUUGAGCAACCUGACUGGAACUCAGCUUCUUCUGGUGUGCUGUUUGCCCUUCUGGACUGAUAAUGAAAGAGCCAACUAUGACUGGCCUUUCAGUGAAAGCCUGUGCAAGCUGGUACGAGCUGUUAUGAGAAUGAAUGAAUUUUGCAAUAUCUACUUUCUUGUUCUGGCUAGCUUAGAUUCUUAUGUGGCACUGGUGCACCCGCUUUUCCAUGAGUUGAUGAGUAGGCCAUUUAAUGCCAAACUGGGAUGUCUGUUUGUGUGGAGUUUUGGUUUGGUCUUUACUUUCCCCAAUUUCAUCUGUAAUAAGUUAAUAAUCCACCCUCAGUCAAAUCUUACUCACUGUUUACUUGACUUCACUUCACUAGAUCAACAUCUGCUGUAUGACGUGAGAGUCAUAAUAUUCAACUUUAUCAUCCCUGUUAUCAUUAUUUUGUUCUGCGCUGUCAGAAUUAUUCAAACUCUGAGAAAGAGGCGAAUGGAGGGUUUAAAACCACAGAGAACAGAGCAGAAGACCACCACUCUCAUCCUGGCAGUUCUACUGGCAUUCCUGAUCUGCUGGGUGCCAUUCCACGUGGCAACGUUACUACAAGUUCUCCGCUACACUCGCAUUCUGAAAUGUCACACCAUAGUGGUAAUAAUCCAAGAGUUCUCUGUUUACUUAAUCUUCUUCAGCUGUGUCCUUAACCCCAUUCUCUACGUCAUUAUUGGGAAAAGCUUCCGGAACAGGACAAAGGAAUUCUUCAAGCAGUGA